GUUUAUGUUCCUGAAAAUGUUCGAUUUUUGGUGAUUUAUUGGCGUUAAAAUCCUCCGAAUCACCCCCUCGACGUGAUGUAACUUGUCUGGAUUAUCGAACCGGUUGAAAUUUGUACGAAGAAAAGAUAUUUUUCGACAGACGCUUAGUUUUCCUCAGUCGGAUUGUGUGCGUGCUUGGCUCGGCGUGUGUUUCUCUCAUAAAACACAUACAUUACAUUCGAUCACAAAUCGAUCACUAGGUUCGCCUGUAUUUAGUGUCAACUAUUGUGUACCAGACAAACGGAGCGGCUGUCGAUAAAAAUCAAACUGGGCCAACUUCUGACGUGUCGAAAGCAAUUGACGUUUUGUGGUGAAUAGAAUAAGGCCUUGAAAGACUGUGACAUUUUUAUUGGCAGCAGAGAUCUAUGUUGGCAAAUGCCAAGAGCUAAGUAUUGGAGGAAGGCGACUGCUAAAUCAGAUAACUGUGCAGAUGAGAGCAGUAUGCCAAGUAGAGGAAGACCCAAAAGAAAAACUACUAUACUUCCUAGUAAAUCACCAACCAAGCUAGACAGGCCUCAGAGGCAGCAGCCUAAGCGAAAAGUCACAGAAAUCAAUAUCAAUUAUGCAGAGCCUGAAGAGGAUGAAACUAACAGCAAAAAACCACUUAGGAGCUGUGAAAAGACGAAGUGUCCUUCAGCUGAUCAUGGCCAACCUGUUUGUUUUGUAGCUGGUGAGAGAUGCAAUGCGACGACAUCACGAUGGUAUCACUUGUCAGCCGGGGAACACUUCUGUAAUGAAUGUUUUGAACAUUUUUACCGAACCCACAAAACUGGUUAUAAAUUGUUCCUGCAGUGGAAGAAGCAAUGGACGGCCAAUGCUAAAAGUGAGCCUACAAUGAAGGCAUUUAUGUCCGAUCAACAGCUCCCAUACUGGGUGCAGUGUACGAGAAGCAACUGUAAAAAAUGGAGGCAGACAAGCAAAAAAGAGAUUACACCAGACUUUGUCAGACAGUUUCAUUGUGGUGUGGCUGAGCAAUCGACAAAGAAUGGUAAUGUUUCAAGAUGUUCCACCCCUGAAGAUCCUCGAGUCAAGGAUGUCCUAGAAAACCCAGAGUGGCUACCUAACUUAGCAUAUACACCAUUGGUUAUCAAUAGUCCGGCAGCAUCUUUUCUUUCUAACUACUAUCCAGAUGGUGUCGGUAUGAGUCCUACAUGUUCCAAAACACAACAACAGAAUGGAGAGAUUCAAGAAACAAACUCUUAUUUCCAACCAUUCUAUCAACCUGACGAAGAAGGCAAAGCAUGUUGUAUACGUCCUGAUGUCAUGGAACCUGAAGAAAUACAAGCAUUUCCUGAACUGUCAAAGUACCAAACUGCUUACCUUGCCUUGCGCAAUCUUAUCAUUGCACUGUGGAAUAAAAAUUGCAAAGAUGUUUUAACAGUGUUCAAAUGUGCACAGCAUUGUCUUAUUAGAGGUCUUGUAAGAGUGAAGUAUAUCAAUGAGUUGGAGAAGAUUCUACAUUCAUUGAUGAGGAAAGGGCUUGUCAAUGUUGGUAUACUACCUCAGUCUGUUGCUACAGUUUUACCUCAAAAGUGCAAUCAGGAGAAUGUAAUCGUCAUCGGGGCUGGUGCGGCGGGCCUUGCUGCAGCCAAACAUCUACAAAAUGCUGGCAUCAAAGUGACUGUACUGGAAGCCAAUAAAAGAAUUGGUGGUAGAAUCUGGGAUGACAUGUCGUUGGGUCAGUGUAUUGGUAAAGGUGCUCAGAUCGUCACAGGAUGUUAUAACAAUCCGAUUAUGGUCAUGUGUCAACAGGUAAAUUCUAAGAUGAGAAAAAUGGUUGACAAGUGUGAGUUAUUUCAAGAAAAUGGUAAAGUAACUGAUAGAAGGUUGGACAGACGAGUUGACUUUCAUUUCAAUGCAAUGUUAGAUGCUGUUGCAGAGUGGAGGAAAGAUGUUAAAGACGAUGCCAGCUUAGGAGACAAACUUCAAGAGAUGCACAAGACAUUUAUCAGUGAGACAAAUUUAACUUUUAAUGAAAGUGAAGAAAAAAUAUUACAUUCCAACUGGCAACAUAUUUUUCACUCUGAUGUUGUGUCAGCAUUAAACUGGGAUCAGAAUGAAGAAUAUGAACAGUUUGCAGGACACUGUAUGUUGCCUGAUGGCUAUAUGACAAUAUUAAAUAAACUAGCAGAAAAUAUAGAUAUCACGUUGAACACAGAAAUCACAGACAUAGAUUAUGGAGGUGAAAAUGGUGUUGUACUACGCACAGAAGAUGACACAGUUUAUCGUUGCUCAAAGGUCAUUGUGACAGCACCACUAGCAUUACUCCAGAAAGACAAAAUAUCCUUCCAUCCAGUUUUAACAAAGAAAAAAAAAGAAGCCAUCAAGAGUCUUGGUGCAGGAAUCAUAGAAAAGGUUGCAUUUAAAUUUCCGAGGAGGUUUUGGGAUGAACGAGUAAAAGGAGCAGAUUUUUUUGGACAUAUUCCCAGUGAUACAAAAGAACGAGGAUUGUUUGGUAUAUUUUAUGAUAUGACACCAAAGGAUUGUGUUGAUGGUAGUAUAUUAAUGAGUGUCAUCAGUGGGGAAGCUGUCUUCACUAUACAAGAUAUGACAGACCAAGAAAUCAUGCAAAAGUGUAUGCAAGUACUCAGGGAUAUGUUCCCCCAGGAGGAUGUUCCUGAUCCGAUACACUAUUUUGUGACUCGAUGGAGUGAAGAGAAAUACUCCAAGAUGGCCUAUAGUUAUGUUAAAAUUGGUUGUAGUGGCGAAGCCUAUGAUAUACUUGCUGAGAGCGUGAAUGAUAAAGUCUUCUUUGCUGGCGAGGCAACAAAUCGUCAGUAUCCCCAGACUGUGUUUGGAGCCUAUUUGAGUGGUAUCAGAGAGGCAUACAAAAUAAUGUCAUUGCUGUGAAAUGCUGUAAAAGACCUACCAAACCUUAUACAGAGGAUGCAUAUACGCAAUCAAUUAUUUUUCUAUUGGGAAGGGGGAUACAAAGUGCCACCUCCAGUUAGCAUGUAGAUUAUGUCCCACCGCCUUAUUAAAACUUACAACUGGUUCUGCAAUUAUCCGAUUGUGAAGAGGAGGAAGGGGUAUCAGUGCAUUCUUUGUUUUUCUAGAUUUGUGAAUUGACUGGUUUCAUUACCAUUGGCAAUUUUAUAUCAUUCUUUCACGGAGUGUCUGUUUUCUUUAAAUACUAUGAAAAGUUAGAAUCAACUUUUAACAAUUUCUGUGUGAGAGAGAUCUAAAAUGAUCAGAGACUUAGAAGGAAAUAUGACCUUAUUAACAUUUUGUUUUGUGUGAAAAAAAAUGCCAAUUAUAUUUGUUAUUCUUGAGCUGAUGUUUUUAAGGUCUAAUGGUUUUUUAAAUGACGGUGAGCAAUGGGUAUAUAUAUAAAAGUUAAAAUUUUUGAGCAAGGAUUCUAUUGAUGUUAUGCAAUUUGUAGUUUGUCAUCCGUGGGAGGGUGAGAUGUACUUACCGGUAAUUAAAUAUACUGCGCUUUGUGACAAAGAAAAUCUUUACAAAUGUUUCACAGGGACAGUUCAAGUUAGCCUUGUAUCCAAAGAUUUAUAAAAUAAGAGAAUACAACUUUAAUAAUCAUGUUCGGUAAUAUGCAAUGAAGAUGUCAUCCGAGUUCAGUAUAUGCGUAAUCCAAACCCAUUCAGACAUUUGGUAUUAUAGAACACAAUGGAUGCUUGCAUAGUUUUGGAAAUACCGGUAGGCAAGUCUAUAAAAAAAAAUGCAUAAAGUAUGCUCUGUGAAUAUGCAAGAACAAAGAAACUGCCCCAGACAAAUAAAUACUAACCAUUUCUUUCACAAACUUGAGCCUUCUUGAAAUCUUGCAUCUUUUGGGAGAAAAUCAACUAAAUGCAUAUAUUGAUAAAAUGUUUGUACCUUUUAUGCAAAAAUUAAAAAAAUGGCUUUAAAAUAUGCAACUAAUUCCCAUACCGUAUUUCAAACAUUUCGACUUCUAGGAUUUCAUAUUAUGAUAGGGCAAAUCAAAUGAUAACUUCUUAGUUGUUAUCAGUGAUUUAGUUUCCAGUGUGUGACUUUUUUCUGGCUCCAUAUUUUUGUAUAUCAAGUGCAAAUCAAAGGUUACACACUAUUUAGAAUUAAAGGUGAGUGAUACUGAAUAACUAAUUAAAACUUGUCCAUAUUGGACAAAUUAAAAGUAUAUCUGAAAAGUUAAUCUUUAGAGCUGUGCAUAAUUAAAAAAAUAUUAACAGCAAACGAAUCUGACCAAACUCUAAAAGUUUGCACAAACAUCAAAAACAAUUUUUUUAUGCACAGUAAUUGAAAUCGUCGUCCUCCCCCUCCAUGAACGAAGAGAUUAUGUUUUCUGCACAUAUGUGUUAAGUAUUCACAGCCACUCACAGAGGCUGGGUUUGUUCGAUACUUUGAUAGUAAAACCUCUGUAAACUAAACACCUGUGGGUGGAGUUUAAUUUGGUAUACACUGCAUACUAGUACAUGAACUUACCCGUGUAUACGACUUAUUGGAGAGAGAGAGAGAGAGAGUAGUC